AUGAAUACGCCACAGAAACCUUUACAAAUGCUGGACGGUCCAAUGAAGACUCCAACAGGAGCUGAAUCGCCCACUACUGCACGACCUUUUGAGCUUGAUGAUGAUGAGACCUUUGUACCAAGCCCGAUGGAAGGGGAAUCUCCUGCUCCAAGCAAACAUGAGCCGACCGAAGAGCCUCCGGCAAAACCACCAAGGCCUCUCAAUCCACUGCAGGUUGCAGAAAAUACACUUAAAGAAGCAUUUCCUAGCAUAGAUGCAUCUGUGGUAAAAGCAAUUCUACGGGCUAGCGGCGGUCAAAUUGAGCCUGCGUUUAAUGCUCUGCUUGGCAUGUCAGAUCCUGAAGCAGCUAGGGAACCAAGCCCACCUCCACAACUUUCUCGUCCAACUCAAAUAAUCGGUUCUACGCCACAGUCACAGCUCGAAUCUGACGAACGAUAUGCUCGCCAAUUGGCCGAACAAUACGAGGGCAUUGCUAGACGAGAAUUUACGGACCAAGCGCAAGAGAACGGUCAAAGCGAUCGGACGCGAGGGACAAAUAGCUUGCGAAACGAUACACAUGAAGAAUGGAGUUUUAUUGAAGAUGACCUUCCUAUAAUCAAGGACCAUUUGAAAAAAGGGUUUCUCGAAACUCAGAGUAAGGUAAAUAGCUGGAUUACAACACUGAAAAAGAAAAUUGAUGGCGAAGAUGAGGAAGAUAAUAUGCCUCAUGACUACGGAGCCUCUUAUCGGCCGCGCCGAAGCAACGAGGAUGUAAGGCGAAGUGGUGAUUACAAUCGCUAUGACGCUGAUCCCCAAGUACUUGGAGAUGAUUUUGCUGGAAUUCAAAUGAAUUCUGACGGAACUCUUGCUCGUCCUAUUACCGACCGUAUCGCUGACCAAAUGUUAUUUGAGCCUCAACCAGCGAUAGCAAAAGUGUCUAACAAUCGAGCAAUUUCAGAUCAAGGCACCAUUUCAAGCGAAAAGGACAUUUACAAUGCCUCCCCAAAACCUACCAUAAAUUCUGCUCCUAUUAAGCAAAGUAAAUGGCAACCUCUAUCCAGUGCCAAAUCUAAAGUUGUCGGUGAAACAGAUAACGAUCCCUUCAGCCUGGGGGAUAGUGAGGAUGAAAAAGAAGUCAAGGAGCGCAUUGCUGUCAGGGGAAAAGUUAACAACGUUGAAAACAGCGAAGAUCUAAAACUUCCUUGUGAAGCAACUAAAAAAAUCAUGUUAAGUAGCCCUACGAAGUCUGAACAGCCUGCAGACGCAGCCUCGUGA